AUGCCUCUCCGCAUCAUCGUCAUCGGCGCCGGCGUAGCCGGUCUCUGCGCCGCCGUGGCCCUGCACCAAGCAGGCCACUCCGUCCAGGUCUUCGACAAAUCGCGCCUCACCGGCGAAGUCGGAUCCGCGAUCCUAAUCACCCCGAAUGGCCACCGCGUCCUGACCCGGCUCGGCUUCAACUUCGCCGCCGCCCGCGCCGACGAAAUGACCUACUUCCAGCCCGUCGACGGCAUCACCCUGCACCCGCUCGAAGCGCAUGAUCUCGCCGACCCGCGCGACCAGUUCGGCGCCCCGCUGUACACGAUCCAUCGCGCGGACUUGCAGCGCGAGUUACUGCGUCUAGCGCGGGGCAUGGACGUGCGACUGGGGGUUAAGGUUGUAGCUGCGGACGCGGAGCAGGGGUGGAUCCGUACGGAUGAUGGAGCGCAGUAUGAGGCGGACCUUGUGGUGGCUGCGGACGGGGUGCAUUCGGUGCUGAGGGGUGCAGUGUUGGAGGAUGAGAGGGCCGCAGCGCCGGUGAAGUCGGGGCUGAGUGCGUUUCGGUUCCUGAUUCCCACGGAGACGGUGCAGGGGGAUGGGCAGUUUCAGGCCCUGCAGAGGGUGCGCGGGAAGGGGAGUAGUUUGUUUGCGGAUACGUCGAAGGAGAGCGAGCAUCAUAUGGUGUGGUUUACGUGUCGGGGACGCCAGCUGCAGGUGUUUGUCGGGGUGCAUGAGGAUACGCAGGCGAAGGGGGAUGGUUCGACAGAUCUGAAAAACCUCAUGCUUUCUGAAUUCGGCCACUAUCAUCCCAGCCUGACCCAUCUCAUCCGACAAGCCCCCGAAGUCGCCGACUGGCCGCUCUCCAUCCACGACCCGCUCCCCACCUGGCAUCGAGGCCGCGUCGUGCUGAUCGGCGAUGCCGCACACCCGAUGCUCCCCCUAGGCGCCCAAGGCGCCAACCAAGCCAUCGAAGACGCAGGCGCGCUGGGCGCUUUGCUAGGCACUGGUGUGCAGAAAUCACACAUCCCGCGCCGUCUGGAGCUGUUUGAGAAAGUGCGUCGGCUGCGGGCUUCACGCGUGCAGACGCUCUCGAAGGUGCGACUGGGCAAGGAGCGCGAUGUGGAGAGUGAAGUGCGCAAGUUUGCGGAUCCGCCGGGGUCAGAUGUGCCGACGACUUUUGCGGAGAGGUAUAUGCAUGAUUAUGGGUGAGUUGGAUAUAACCUGACUAUAUCUGAACAGGGCUGAUGGAUCUAGAUUCGAUGUGUGGGAGGCU